AUGGCGUCGGCUCUCUUCUUUCUGGACCUGAAGGGCAAGACCCUUCUGGCCCGUAACUAUCGCGGGGAUAUCCCUAUGUCCGCGGUAGAGAAGUUCCCCAUCCUCCUCAGUGAAGCCGAAGAAGAAUCCUCGGCUGUGCCUCCCUGCUUCUCCCACGAGGGUGUCAAUUAUCUUUAUAUCCGCCAUAGCAACCUGUACAUUCUCGCUUUGACCAAACGAAACACAAAUGCCACCGAGAUCCUCCUCUUCCUCCACAAGCUUGUGGAGGUCUUCACCGAAUACUUCAAGGUCCUCGAGGAGGAGAGUAUUCGGGAUAACUUUGUCAUCAUUUACGAACUGCUGGAUGAGAUGAUGGACUUUGGAUACCCGCAGACAACAGAGAGCAAGAUCCUGCAAGAAUACAUCACUCAAGAAUCACACAAGCUCGAGGUCCAAGCGCGACCACCCAUUGCAGUCACGAAUGCCGUCUCCUGGCGAAGCGAAGGUAUUCGCUACCGCAAAAACGAGGUCUUCCUGGAUGUGGUCGAAUCUCUAAACCUGCUGGUCUCGGCCAACGGAAACGUCCUGCGCUCUGAGAUUCUGGGCGCCAUUAAAAUGAAGUGCUACCUGAGCGGUAUGCCUGAGUUGCGAUUGGGUUUGAACGACAAGGCCAUGUUCGAGACGACGGGUCGGGCCACGCGGGGCAAGGCGGUUGAGAUGGAGGACGUCAAAUUCCACCAGUGUGUGCGGUUGUCACGUUUCGAGAAUGACCGGACGAUCAGUUUCAUUCCCCCGGAUGGUGAAUUCGAGCUUAUGAGCUACCGAUUGAACACUCAGGUCAAGCCAUUGAUAUGGGUGGAGUGUCUGGUGGAGUCGCACUCGGGAUCGCGUAUUGAGUAUAUGCUUAAGGCCAAGGCCCAGUUCAAACGCCGCAGUACCGCAAACAAUGUCGAAAUCCUUGUCCCAGUCCCGGAAGAUGCAGACUCGCCCCGGUUCCGCACCAACAUUGGAACCGUUCACUACGCUCCCGAGAAGUCAGCUAUUAUCUGGAAGAUCAAGCAGUUCGGUGGUGGCAAGGAGUUCCUCAUGCGGGCGGAGCUGGGUCUUCCCUCCGUGAAGGGAGAUGACGAGCACGGCGGUGGUAUGACAGGUGGCUUUGGUGGAAGCAUGGGCGGAGCUGGUGCGAUGGGAAAGGCGAAGCGGCCCAUCAACGUCAAGUUCGAGAUCCCCUACUUCACCACUUCGGGUAUCCAGGUGCGGUACUUGAAGAUCACCGAGCCAAAGCUGCAAUACCCCUCCCUCCCCUGGGUCCGCUACAUCACACAAUCAGGCGACAUUGCGGUCCGCAUGCCGGACGUUCAAUAA